AUGCGUUUAAAUAAAGAGAGUAUUGAUCCUCGUAUUCUAUGUAAUGUAUUAGCACCAAUUUUUAUUUGUGGUUUUAUUGGUAAUAUUAUUUGUAUUAUUGUUUUUUUACGACCACGUUUUCGUCUUCGUUCAAUAUCUGUUUAUUUUAUUGCUCUAUUUUUUAAUGAUUGUCUUUUAUUAUUUAUUUCACAUGUUGGAAAAAUGUUAAUAUUUGAUGCACAAGAAUCAUGUUGGUUUAAUUCAUAUUUAACAAAAUUUAUUAAUAUUAUUAAAUAUCGUGAAAUGAUUUAUAAAAAAUCUUUAUCUGUUUUAACUUAUAAUACAACAUAUACUCAAAUAGCUAUGUUAAUAUUUAUGUUUAUGUCAAUUCAACGUGUAAGAACAUUUUCAUCAUUAUCUUAUCGUGAAAGUAAAAUGUGUGCACUAUUAUUAACAUCAAUUGCAUUUAUAUAUGGAAUUAUUGUUUCAUAUGUACAAUUAUAUGAUGGAUUUUGUAUUCAUAAUUUAAAUUUAAAUUCAACAGAACAUACAGAUAUAGAUAAUAUAAUUAAUCAAACAAGAUAUAGAAAUGAAAAUUGUCUUAUACAAAAUCAAAAAUUAAUGACAACAACUAUAACUAAACGUACAUUUUUAUUCGAUGAAUUACGUGAGCGCAAUGUUUCAAACAAAACUGUAAACACCGAUGAUCCAUAUGAAACAUUUAAUCUUUUUUCUAAAUCUACGACCUUUAUUCCGUCUGAUCUAGAACUACUUAUAAAUAAUCCCUAUUCGUCUUUUAAUUCACGUCAAAAACGUAAUCUAUUUUCAAAUACGAGUAUAAAUUCAAUUGAUAAUCAAACAUGUUAUAAUGAAGAUGAAUUACAUUUAUUUCGUCAUCGUUCAAUUGCUCAUAUUCAUUUACGUCAAUAUAUGAUUAUAAAUUGGGAAGAUGAACUUAAAAAUCCAACCGAUUGUCAUUUAAAACAAUUUCCAUCUGAAUUACGAUUAUCUAUUAAUAAUCGAACACAAAUUAAUCAUUUUAAACCAUUAAAACAUGAUUAUUUUCUUGAACAUCAAUUUUGUACACAAACUUAUCAAUUUUUAGAAUUAUAUGCCAAUUGUACAUUUCCAUUAAAACCAUUAACAUUUCAAAAUUCAUAUAAAUUUUUAUAUGAUAGACGAUUUUCUUUUAAUCGUUAUACAAUCGGAUUUAUUCUUGGAACAUUUAUACCAUCAUUUAUUUGUAUUGUAUCAAGUAUUAUAUGUCUUUAUUAUAUUGCUAAUCGACCAUCAAUAAGAAAACAUAGUCAUUCACGAGCUGAAUUAAGAAGUAUUUAUUUAAUAUUAGUUGAAAUUACUCUUAGUUUAUUAAGUGCUUUACAAUCAUAUAUUAUUAAUUUUACAACUUGUCAUCAUAUUUUAUUUCGUAAAGAGACAGAUAAUUGUUAUGGUACAGGUGAUAAUAUUUUACCCAAUUUUCUUGGUAGUAUUCUUGAACUAUUUACAUCAACAUCAAAUAUAAUUAUUUUAUGUAUAUGUGGAUCACAAUUUCGACAUGAAUUAUUAACAAUAUUUACAUCAAUUAAAAUAAGUCAAAAACGUAGACAUGGUAAUACUUCACAUUCUCAGAUAAAUUAUAAUAAUCAUAAUCAUUCAAUAAUUGAUAAUCCUAGUAUACUUGUACAAUUACCACAUGAUCGUACAACGAAUUCAUGUUUAAUUUAUAAAAAAAAUGAUAUAAACAACGAAAAUAAUAUUGAUUUAACAAGAUGUUUAUUAAAAUCUACAACCGUAUGA